CCCUCGUUAACAUAAAUAAGUAUUCAUCAAUUAAACAUUGUCACACAUCCAGAUAGAGGAGAGACAUUGGCCAAAAAUUUCAAUAUUACUAUUCAAAUAUGCAAGCGUCUCGGAAUGCUCUUGUUCAACAAACAAAAGGUAUUCUUAAAUAGCUUUGAAUUACUUUCAAGUCCUACAACGAUUUUAAUAUUUUAAGAAAAUAUUUAUUUCUUUUUAAGAAAACAUUAUCUUUCUACAAGUCACGUCACUUUGCAGAUGACACGAUCUGUCAGAGCUAGGGAUUGGUCACAUGACUGCCAAAAGCCACUUAAAAGUGGAACUGUGGUUACUAGCUGAUUAAAAUCAACAUUAACGAGGCGGUGAAAAGGUGCAAAGGACAUCAUUUUUGGUAAUUCAUCUACAAAACCUUAUAGUGUCGCCUUUCUGAUGUGAUGUCGGUUGGAAAAGUUUGGAUCGCUUGAAGAAAGGAUUUCAUAUCGCGGAGUAAUUGAGAAUCAACAAUUAUCAAAGUUUAAGGUGGUACAUGGUCGACAUCACGUCAAGUUAUAGAUCACGUACAGACGAAAGGCUAAGGUGAAAUAUCCCUAAGUAGACCUGUUUAAUACCAGCAUUUAUCGAGGCCUGUAGAACAAUGAGCAGUCCUGUUAUUCACCCGGGUGACAAGGUGACCAUUACAUUGAGUUUAGACGGCCAGGAUCUGUCAAACAGUAACGAACUGGGUAACAAAUCAAAACAGGAAGAAUCCAACCUUCAGAAACAAAUAUUCCUCAAGAAAGCCGACACAACGUCCCCAGCAAAACCACCCUUAGUGAGGCGGAGAACGAGCUCACUACUCAAACUAAACAUCGAAGGACUGUUAGUUGUUCCAGAGUUGGAAAUAAGACUCAGAAGGAACUCUUAUGGUGGUAAGUCUGUCCACGAUGAAAGACACACCGAAGUUGAUCCAUCGGAUGGAAUGCUUACCACAUCACUGUGUACAACGGAGCUUUGAUGGACACUGAUAGCGUAAUGUAGCGAUUGGAUUCCAAAAUAUGUUGGCGUAAAUGUUUUAGCAUACUUAUUUUGCCUCUGAGCAUGACAUGUUAUGAAAAUUUGAAGUAGAAAGAAUAGCCAUAAGAGCUUAAAAGAGCAUGAAGAAAGAAGAUUGCUUCCGUUGUGGAAAGCGGGUUUGAUAUUAACCAUCAGAUUCCAGCACCAUGGAAUGACAUGAUACUUCCUCUGAGACCGUUACUCGUCUUAAGCAACUAAAACACUCUCGGUGGUUGAGGGAUUCAGUUGAGGCUUUUUUCAGAGUGAAACCUGUGCAUUGAACUGCAAAAAUGAAACCCACACAAAUGAGCCUUUGCGUGUAAUCAUGAAUGCUCAUUACCGUAGUCAGAAAAUCGUUUGGAAGCUUGGAUAAACAUCUGAUGUUCUGUGGGAGUCCCAGUCUGUGUUGAUUCCUUACAAUAUUUCUGACUCGGACAGCAGCGACUUAACGGAAACAUUGUGAUUAUCAUUUGAAGCUGAAUGUUUCAAUGGUGUUGUUAACGGUUUUAUAUGCCCUUCCUUUCAAUUCCCACGAGUUUAAGAAACAUUUCACGGAACGGUUCAACGUUACUUAAACGCAAUACCACCAGGAAAGAUAAGCUUAUUAAGACCGCCGUGAAGCUAGAGCCUGCUGUGUAAUAUUUCUCGAAAAUGACAACAAAAUCAGUCACGAAAGACAUUUCGCCCUGAGGGGCCCGACUUAAUGUGUAAAGAAAACAAAAGAUUUCUCAUAAAGCUCUUGACCGUAAGAAAUAAACAAUUCGUUUGCAGCUAGACAUGUUAGAUCAUUUUGAGAUUUCUGUUUGGCAGAAAGAAAUUAAAGUUGUUCAGGUUGAGAAGAACUCUGCAUUUCUUUAGAAAUAAAUGUCUCGGAUAACAUUUUGUUAAUUACCUAUGACGAUAUGUUUAACCUGUGAUAACAAACGGUCUGAUAAUUCCAUUAUCCUUAAUUAUCAUGUGAAAGUAUAUUGACUUUGGCUGGGUUUCAUAACAUGUAUUUCUUUUGAUAAAAAAUUGCCUUGUAAAAAUUCGCGAUAGGAUCGGUAAGAUAACUAGAAAUUGAGAAAUACUAGAUUCUAACGUACUAAACUUCUUAGUGUGGAACAAUUUUUUAGUUCAUUGCCGAAGGCUCUGAGAGACAGCAAGACGACAUUUAGGUAAUUAUUUAUUGAUUACGUCACACCAUCAAGUGGAUCCUAUUCUUUAAGAAUGUUUUGUUGUGUGUAAGUAAACAAUACAAGCACUUGUGUCUUUGAAGCAAAGGGUGUUUGUUUUUACUUCUAGGCGAUCCAAAUAAUACAAUGAACCAACAGUUGUUCGCAAUAAUAAAGCACACC